AUAAAUUAUAAUAAAAAGAUAUUAAAAUGAGCACUCCAGAAUCUUUAAACCCAGCUCCUCUAACUAGUCUUGGUGAUCAUUCAUACAAGAAAGUUUUAGAAGAUGAUUAUUCAACAGGAAAAUUGAACUUAAAAUUGAAAGCAACUACUUAAAAUUCUGGAUCAGCCAAUUACAAGGGUUGGUUGGAUGUAACAAAAUUACAAUCUAAAUAAGAGACAAAGUUUUAAUUUUUAUACAAAAAGUAUUAAUAAUAAUAAUUUAAGUUACACUCUAUAAUUUGCUACAAGAGAAGAUGGAGCAAAAGUCCAUGUAGAUUUUGGAUAAGUAGCAAAAUUAACAAAUGGAAAUGUUUCCUUAUUUGCUAAUGCUAAAUUAGGAAGUUCAAGCAUAAGCAAUGCUAUUUUGAGAUUUGGAGGAGUAACAAAAUGGAAUGCCCUCACUAAUCAUUUAAGUAAUUAAGAAAAUCAAAUUAUUUUAGGAUUGGAAUACAAUCCAUCUAGUAAUGGUGUUAAUGGAUUAAGUAGAACAUUUUGGAAGAAUAAUUAAUGGACUAUAGUAGUCGCUGAAGAUUUCUAAUUAACAGGUGGAUUUGGACUAAGAAGAUUCGAUUUUCUUGUUGGAUACUUAUAACCAAAAUAUGAUGUAUUUUUAAGACAUCUUACAUCAAAACCUACAGAAUCUAAAUAGUUUAAUGAUCUUUUAGGAGGAAAAGUUAUUUUGGAUUUGGUUCAUAGAAGAAAAUAAUAAACUUAUGGAUUAGAGACAGAAUAUGGUUUGAGUUCAGGAGAAUUGACAACAUAAGUUGGAGUAUCAACAAAAUUAAAUGGAGUGGAUACUAAAGCAAGAAUUAAUUUAACUAAAAAGAGUUUGGGAUUAAGUGGAAAAGGAAGAUUCAAUGAGAAGUUAAAUAUCUUAAAAUUAUUAGAUUCAAUUGGACAUUAUCAACUGAAUUACCAUUAGAUGGUUCAAUGCCAAAGAAAUAAGGUGUUCUCCCAUUACCAGUUGGAUUCACAAUUGAUACAUCAUUAUGAAUAAAAUAAGCAUAUACAAAUUUAUAAUAUCAUAU